GAAAGAGAAAAAUCCCCAACCCCACCGGGAAUCAAACCCGGGAACCCGUGUAAAACAUUAAUGAAAAUGAGCCAGUAAAACGUGUAAAUUUCUCUCGGCAUUGUUUUGUGAUUAAUUAUAUUUUCAGCAAUAGAAAGGAAUACUGGUAUGUAAUUUAUUACAAUUUAUUUAAUACUGGCUGUGUAAUUAGAAGUAAAUCUUGUAUCACACAAUGCACUGUAUGCUUAUUCAUUCAUUUCAGUACUUGCUCCAGAUGAACAAUUGCCACCUUGAAAAAGCCAUAAUGGUUUCCACUAAGGUUAGCCCACAAGAUACACACUACAAUGCAAGACUCAAGUCUUCUGUAGCAUCUGCUUCCCCAUCAACAUCACUUUGUUCACAACAGUCUAAAUGCAGUAGCUGUAGCUAUGCUGCAAGUUUCUACAAAAGUGUUAUAAGUAACGGUAUUUUAUACAAUGACUCAAGAGGUCUGCAUGAUUCUUCUGUAUUACACAGUUCUGUAAAGAAGUUUGGUGAAACUAUGUGGUUUGAGUAUUUAAAUACUGCCAUUGAGUGGCAGAUUGAAAGAUUUGUUGAGAAGGACAAGAAAAUGAAAGACAGGGCAGCUCUUUUUAAAGGCAGUUUACAUAAGGGUGCCACACUUCCUUUUUACUUACCAUUUGAUGUUCUUCAUACAACAAAUCCUCCCUUUGCCUGGAAAGGCUAUAUUCCAUAUUACCAAAUUAAUUACCAGACACAGUCAAAUGACAAAUAG